AAAUUGAGCAACGAGUGGACGCCAUCAGAUCAACAAGCAAAUUGUGACAUUUAUCGUUGGCGGGCCUACUUGAUAAAAUAUUAACAUUUGCUCUAAACAUCGAUUGAAAUAACUAAUCAAGAUGUUAAAUACCGACAUGUGGAACCCUGAUAACACAUUAAAAAUCUUAAUAGCUUCGGACAUACAUUUGGGCCAUGAAGAAAGCGACCCGGUGCGUGGUGAGGAUAGCUUCCUUGCUUUUGAAGAGGUACUGGCAGAGGCGGCGGCGCGCGACGUCGACCUCGUGCUGCUGGGCGGUGACUUGUUCCACCACUCCAAGCCCUCGCCCGCCUGCAUGUUCAAGUGCACCGAGCUCAUCCGCCAGCACUGCUUUGGCGACAAGCCGGUUCGCGUCGAGUUGCUGUCAGAUCAACUAGAGAACUUCUCACGCAAUAUUAACUACGAGGAUCCCAAUCUCAACGUCUCAUUUCCUAUUUUGUCUAUCCACGGCAACCACGAUGACCCCGUGGGGCAGGGCAGCGUGAGUUCGCUGGACAUUCUGUCCAUCACUGGGCUCGUCAACUAUUUCGGCAAGUGGAGUGACUACACGCGCGUGCGCAUCUCGCCUGUGCUGCUGCGCAAGGGCUCCACGCAGCUCGCGCUCUAUGGUCUCAGUCAUCUUAAGGACCAGCGUCUUGCACGACUUUUUGCUGAGAAGAAAGUUGAAAUGGAGAUGGUGGAUGACAGCAAUAAUUGGUUCAACAUGCUGGUUCUGCACCAGAAUCGCGCAGACCGAGGCCCAGGUAACUUCAUACCAGAAAAAGUACUACCAAAGUUCUUGGACCUGGUGGUUUGGGGUCACGAGCAUGACAGUUUAGUGUUCCCCAUUAAGGGAGAAAAGAAUGAUGAUUUUAUGGUGGUGCAGCCAGGUAGCACAGUGGCUACGUCCCUGGCUGCAGGAGAGGCACUUCAGAAACAUUGUGCACUGUUAGAAAUCCACGGAACCAACUACAAAGUUACCCCGAUUCCUCUUAAAACUGUUAGACCAUUCAUCUUUAAAACUAUAGUUCUAUCUGAAGAGGAUCUCGGGGAGGAGGAGGUCAACGAGCAUGAGAAGGUGCAGGAAUUUCUGAAGAAUAAAGUGAACGAGGCCAUUGAAGAGGCAAACAAUCUCCGCAGCGGGCAUCCCAAACAGCCAACCCUACCACUUAUAAGAUUGAGUGUGUUUUAUGAGCGGCCGAGCCAGGAUUUUAACAGGAUGCGAUUCGGUCAGAAUUUCACUGGACAGGUCGCCAAUCCAAAUGACGUUUUGAUUAUGAAGCGAGAGAAAAAGUACAGAGAACGAAAGGAGACAGAGGAAACGGAAGAGGUGGACGUGGCCCGUGCGGCGCACGAAGCGGCCGACGUCGAGGCCUUACUGGCCGCGUACUAUGCCGCGCUGCCGCCGGCGCGCCAGCCCGUCGUGCUGAGCGCGCGCGCCGCGACCGAGGCCGUGCGUGACUUCACGCUCAAACACGACGACGGCGUGUUCCGCCGCGUGUUCGACGCGCACCGCCGCCGCGCCGUCGAGGCGCUGCUCGACUCCACCGCCGAGACGGACGAAGAGAUCAUGGAGCGUAUGCGGCUGGCCAAAGACGUGCUGGAUUCUACCGAUCUCGAUCAGCUAAAGAUGCUCGUGGAUCUGAACAUCGUAGGGGAUCCCGCUCCGAAAACUAAGCCGCGCGCGACCAGCAAAGCGGCCGUUAAGACGUUAGUGGUAGUUUCGAGCGACGACGAGUCAUUGGAGCCAUCGAACACGUCACGCGGGGGCAAAGCGACGCGAUCGCGGGGCCGCGGGCCGCGCGGGCCGCGGGGCCGGCCGGCGCGCGCGGCGGCGUCGCCCGCGCCCGCGCCCGCCACGCCGGAGCCCGAGCGCCGCGCGCCGCGCCGCGCCGCCACCAAGGCCUCGUGGCUGACGGGCGCCGCUGCCGGCCGCACGCGUAACUCCUCCAGUAUCGAGGACUCCGAUUGAGCUGUACCGUUGCCGACCUGAUUGACCGACUUUGGUCUUAAUUUUAUCACAAAGGAGGUCUAGUUCUUUAGUUCGCGGCCGGAUCGCGAGAUGUGGUCAAAGGUCUAAGUAAGCUUAAUAUUUAGGUGAAAAAAAGUCAACUCAAAGUUAUAAAAAAUUAAAAAACAAAUUUUCUUUAUUUCAUAUUUGGAUAUAGCCAGCCAGCCGAGCCAGGUGUGAUUUAUGUCCGAGACUCGCUGGCGUGUAGGCAAGAUCCCGCAUAUUGCAGGCUUAUUAAUUAUUUGUAUAAAUUCGUUCUGUACAGUCCACAUCAGAUAUAUCGGAGUCAAGGUGAUCACAAAUAUCUGAACAGACCUCUAUUGUCAAUGUGAUAAGGCGUGUUCAGAUAUUUUUGCGCGCCCCGGCCGCUCAGACUUAACUGAUGGCGACUGUAUUUGUCUUGAGUUGUGUGGGAAUGGUUUAAUGUGAUGUCAUUAUUUUUAAGUAAAAUGUCUUUCCAAAACCGAUUGUAGUUCAUAUGAUAUCUAUAUUUCUAAGUUCAAAUACAUAAAAUAAAAGCUUUUAUUUUGAUUACCUU